AUGCUGGUUGUACCUGGUACAUUGGUCACACUGUCCCAUCUCCGAGAUUUGUUGACACGGCUUCUUCAACAACUCUUUGCACGAGAUUCCCGCCGCCGAUUUUGUCCUCCCGACCACUGGCUCAUCCCCACCGACAUAUCCUUUUCCGAAGCCGUCCUAAAAGAAGACUCCAACAUCCGUCAACCCUGCCUAGACAUCCUCCAUUCCAUUCCUUUUGUAAUUCCUUUUGAAGUUCGCGUAGGAAUUUUCAGGGAGUGGGUACGAUUGGAUCGUCUCGGGAAUGGAUUGGAUGAUCAGUGGUUGAACCCUGCUGCGCGUGUUACGAUACGACGGCAGUAUGUGUUUAAAGAUGGGUAUACGCAUUUGAAUGCUUUGGGUUCACGCCUCAAGAACCGUGUUGCUAUCACGUUUAUCAGUGAGCAAGGGUUGGUGGAAGCUGGGAUUGAUGGUGGAGGUGUUUUCAAAGAGUUUUUGACAACUCUUUGUCGACAAGCGUUUGAUCUUAAUUAUGGGUUAUUUCAAGCUACGACGGAUCAGUUGCUGUAUCCUUCUCCGCAUUCGUAUGCUACCCAAGAAACGCAAUUAAAACACCUUGAAUUCCUUGGUCGGAUUCUGGGAAAAGCCUUGUAUGAGGGUAUACUCGUCGAUGUAGGGUUUGCUAAUUUCUUUUUGGCAAAGUGGUUGGGUCGAACGAGUUAUUUGGAUGAUUUACCGAGUUUGGAUCCGGAUUUAUACCAAGGAUUGUUAUUUUUGAAGAAUUAUCAAGGAGAUGUUCGGGACUUGGGGUUAACCUUUUCUGUUGAUGAUACCGAAUUCGGAGCCCAAAAGACGAUUGAAUUAAUUCCAAACGGCUCAACGAUCCCUGUUACGAAUACCAAUCGGAUUAAAUAUAUUUAUUUAAUGGCGCAUUGGAAAUUGAAUACGAGGAUUGAGAGGCAGUGUAAAGCUUUUUUUGGGGGGCUGGUGGAUUUGAUUGAUCCGUCAUGGGUUCGGAUGUUUAAUCAGCAAGAACUCCAAAUCCUCUUAUCAGGCACACCAACUCCCAUCUCCCUAACCUCACUCCGCGAACACACGACCUAUGCAGGCGGCUACACCUCAACCCACCCGACCAUCCUCCUCUUUUGGACCGUGCUUGAACAAUUUGAUGAAGAGUAUCGUCGAGGGUUGUUACGUUUUGUGACGAGUUGUGCUAGGGAACCGCUUUUGGGGUUUGGAGAGUUACGACCGGGGUUUUGUAUUCGGUUUGCGGGGGAUGAGGAGGAUCGGUUGCCGACGGCUUCUACUUGUGUUAACUUACUUAAACUUCCUGCGUACAAGAGUUUGGAGGUCAUGCGAGCGUAAGUACUUUUUAUGUUUAUAUAUACGUGUGUUUGGAUGUUUGAUUUUUUUUUUGGUGGUUUUUAGGAAAUUGGUUUAUGCUAUUGAUGC